AUUCAUUCACAAUGUGCGCCUAAGUCCGCGACAAUUAAUGCACGUCUUAAGCUCCCGGACAAAGUCGCCUAUAGCUCACACUCCACAAUCAAUCAACUUGUUCUUCCCUUCCCUUCUUCUCUUCUCUUGAAACCGCUCAACCAUGCAGCGAUCAAAUCUCUCAAUUCUCCUCUUUUUCCUACUGCUUUCGAAUUUUUGCCUCUCCGAAGAUACUUCGCCGGUGUGCCCUUACCCCUGCCUGCCGCCGCCGACGUGGGCCUCCAACUACCCUCCACCACCGCCCGCAUGGAGCGGCUACUCUCCUCCCCAACCAGUGGACGGCGGACUCUAUACUCCCCCCUACAUGCCCUACUCUCCGCCAAGCUACGGGAUGCUGGUUGCGCCUCCCCCGCCGGAGCCCAUCCUCCCAUAUUUCCCCUUCUACUACCGGAGGACGCCGCCGCUGCUGUCUGCAGCUCCGGCUGUAAUUCGCGGCGGUGCAAUCUCAGUGCCGUUGCUGAUACUUUCCGUCGUCAUAUAUUUGCUCGUGUAGAUGAUUAGACACAGUGCGUCAAACGGUGUGCCGCUCAGUUCAUUUUACCUGUGAUCAUUUAUAUACAUAUUAAAUAAGAUUUUGUUUAAGACGUAUUUAAUUUA